AGAGACCAAGGUGGUUGUCAUACACGCGUGUAGAAGUUGUUUAAAACAGCUAAAGUUUUUGAAAUCAUUAGAAAUUUGAAACACGACAUAACGUGGUAAUACUUCGUUAGUUGGUGAAACGCGCUGACGUCAAAUCGACGAAGCAUUUAAUGAUAAUUUGCCAUACUGAUUUUUCGUAACAGAUAGCAAGCUAGCUGCCUAGUUAGCUUAAUGUUAUUCUGCAGAAGGCGAAAAUGAAAGCUAUUGUUCUUGCCGCGGGUUAUGGAACAAGAUUGCAGAGAGAUAUCGAAAAUGAUACAACCGGAAGGUUCAGGCACCUGGUUGGCACCCCUAAACCUCUGCUUCCCGUUGGUCACUGUGCUUUAAUAUCUCACUGGGUUCAGGCCCUAAAUAGCACCGGGUACGUGGAUGCCAUCUUUGUCGUUACAAAUGACCUCUACUAUAAAAUAUUUGAGGACUGGGCUCAGUCAUUUCCAAAUGUCAAGAUCCUCAACGAUGGGACCCAGCACAAUGAGGAGCGCCUUGGUGCAGUCGCCUGCCUUAGGCUUACAGUGAAACAUUUCAGGAUAGAUGACCACAUUGUAGUGAUUGGAGGGGACACUUUAUUCAAGGAAGAUUUCAGUCUCUCCAGAAUUACAAAUGAGUUUUCCAGUCUGAUUGCGAAGUGUGACGAUAGCAAUUUGGUACUCUCCUAUCAGUGCAAAGAUGAGGAGACUUUGAAGUAUGGCAUUCUGGAAGUGGACAAAGAUCUGCGGGUUUCCUGCAUGAAAGAGAAGCCUCACCCCUCGGAGACAAACUCAAGGAGAGCUUGUCCCUGUUUCUAUUUGUUCUCCAAGGCAACUCUUCCUCUUCUCGAUGUAUUCCUCGAUGAAAAAAAGAAAGCGCCAAUUGAAGAGAAAGAUGCACCAGGAAACUUUCUGUCAUGGCUCAUCCUACGAAAGCCAAUAUAUGUUCACGAGGUGUCUGGACGGUUUGAUGUGGGAAACCUGCCUUCCUAUGUGGAAUGUGACACCUUUUUCAGAGAGAAUCUUUCAAGUUUGAACUCUUAUUUAAAGUGAAACAGUGCUACAGUGUGAGAUAGGAUUUAGCGAUAUGAUCUUGUCAGCUUUGGGUCUGGCACUACCAAUUGUAUCCUUGGUGCUUCACACUAAUUACCACACCAGAAUAUCCAGAUCUAUAAAUGGAUAUUAGAAAUGUAUGUCUUAAAGAGUAAUCCUGUUCACAGGCAUCCACCAAGAGAAUGAAUGUAAUAAUGUAUUUGAAAUAGUGAUAAGUAAA